CUGUUCGAUUAUUUGAUUACUUUGUAUAUUCGGUUCAUUCGUUCAGUCGUCGUGAUUUUUUCAUUACAAAAAAACUUAUUUAAUUUCAUGUCGCUUCCAAUUUAGAAAACUGAAAAUUCUGUCCACAAUUCGUUUGUUCAUUUUGCAUAAAUCUAGUAUUUGAUAAGUGAUAAAUAGAAAACGCUUACGUUUGCCGUGAAAUUUUCAAACGUGAAAACAGGCGAAAGAAAACAUAAGAGUGAGAAAUAUUGCACACACAAUCAACCAAAGCAACAGAUAUUUUUUUUUGCUCGCUGCUGCUAUUGAUGAUGAUGAUGGUGUCGAGGAAUUAACAAAUAAAACGAAACGAAAUGAAAGAAGGUUGUGUAUGGAAGUAAUGUAGAAAAAAAAGAGUGUGGAGCAGCAUAAAAAAGUGAAGUGGUGGUGAUUGUUAAAAAAAGAGGAAAGAAAAAGCAAGGAAAUAAGAAAAAAAUGAGAUAAAUUAUUUAAAGAAAAGUUUUUAAGAAUGUCUUGAGUUUUUGUGUCGCAGAAAAUGAAAAUGUGAAAAAAAGGUUCUGAAAAAGUGGAUGUCUGAACGAAAAAGAGUACAAAACUAAAUUACUUUUUUUUUAAUUUCAAAACCACAAGCUUUGAAUGUAUUACUUUAUUUCGCGGUAGCACAAUAAUAAAAAACCAAAAAAACAAAUCCAGCAGUGGAAAUAAAAGAUAAUAAAAAAGGAAGCAACCUGGGGUGCUGCAACCAACAACAACAACAACCUGGCCACUCCAAGUUGUUUCAUAAAAAGACAGCAUUAUUUGCCCUGGCUUUGCUGUAAUCCCCAAAGCUGGAAUUGAAAAAUCAACUGGAACACACACAUAUUCAGACACACACAAACAAAACGAACCCUUCAACCAAAAACAGUUCAUAUCAAAAGAAAAAACGAAAAAAAAAAUAAAAUAGAAUUAAUGAGAACACCAUAAAGCAGGGAACUUCUUCUAACAGAGUUCGUCGUCGUCGUUUUGUUUUUCUGGCAAAUAAAAAUUCAAAAUCGUACCAAGAAAACAUUUUGGCAAAAUCAAGAAAAAAAAUAACAAUUUCAAAGAGGAGAAUCUGAAAAAAAAAAUUACUUAAAAACCCAUAACAAGCUAAGCUCCCCAGAAGGAAAAAAAAAACAAAUAAAGAAAGAAAGACAAAUAAAUGAAACAGUAAAAAGAGGAAAAACCCCGGGGACCCUGCGAAAUUGUCAAAGAGGCGAACCUAGAGUUGGUGGCAUAGCAUAAUAUACAUAUGGGCCCAUUACCCUACUCACAAAACUUGCUUUUGGCCCAGCAAUAAAAAAAAAAAAAACAUUUCGUCACGAUCAUCCAAAAAAAAGAAGAAAACAAUAUUUUGGCCAGCAAGAGCCAAACACACAUCCAUGAGUGACAAUUUUUUUUUUGGGGAACGAUAUUUGGAGACAAGGAAAACUACUACCAUCCACAUCAAAAUAAGCUCUGAGCAUUAGACCUCCAGGAGAAAACACCAAGGAAGCAGCUACUCCAUAUUAAUUGUCAUUGAAGCUGCUGAGUUGUUUUUUCCUUUGUGGCGGCGGCGGGAGUACUACAACCAAAUUAGCUUCCAUCAACAACAACAGAUCUCAACAGGGAAUUUUGUUGAACAUCAACUUUGGGAUACCAGUAGCCUGGCUGCUAGCCCCUUUUCCAAACAGUGACAAUUGACAAGAUUUGCUUCUUCAUCUCCUCCUCCACCACCAUCAUUGCCAUUUGUUUUGUAAUGCCAUUGGACAAAUGUUAAAUGAAAAAAUGAGGUUUUGGAAACCUCCAACAUCAAAGCAUACAAAUUAAUGUGACUUUUGUUUGUCAUCAUUAGUUUUGUUUUUGUUUGCGUUUUUUUUUCCAAUAAUUUCCAACUAACAAAGUCAAAAAUUGCUAGUGUUAAUGUUGCCUUACCAUCCCGGCUCCAACACCUGAUCGAAGGACCAUACUCUCCUUGAUUGGCUAGGAGUUUGAAAUCAAAAAAAGACACAAGUGAAAAUAUUUUCUCAAUUUGCAAACUGUCAACAACAAAAAUUGAAAAUUAAUUUCAAAAUAAUACAACAACGGCAAAAUGGAUGUUUUAGAUGAAGAUCGAAGGCGGAGGACCAAUGUGUUGGAACAGGAGAUGCGUAACCCCUAUAGUAUUUGCAAUGUCGACUGCCUGCUAGACACGGUGACGGCUCUGGUGAACGACUGUGAUCAUGAGUCAUUGAAACGCCUGAAAAAUAUAGAACAGUAUGCAGCGAAAUACAAACCGCUUGCCCAACAGAUCUGCCAGCUGCGCAUGAAUGUCGAUGAUUUCGAUUUUAUCAAAAUCAUUGGUGCCGGUGCCUUUGGCGAAGUUCAGUUGGUGCGACAUAAAUCCUCCCGCCAGGUGUAUGCCAUGAAACGUUUAUCGAAAUUCGAAAUGAUGAAACGACCCGAUUCCGCCUUCUUUUGGGAGGAACGUCACAUUAUGGCCCACGCGAAUUCCGAAUGGAUUGUCCAGCUGCAUUUUGCCUUUCAGGACGCCAAAUAUUUGUAUAUGGUGAUGGAUUACAUGCCCGGUGGGGAUAUUGUAUCGCUGAUGUCAAUGUAUGAGAUACCCGAGAAAUGGGCCAUAUUCUACACCAUGGAAGUGGUGCUGGCCCUGGACACCAUACACAAUAUGGGCUUUGUACAUCGCGAUGUGAAACCGGAUAAUAUGCUGUUGGAUUGCCAUGGCCACUUGAAGUUGGCCGAUUUUGGUACGUGUAUGCGCAUGGGACCCAACGGCUUGGUGGUGUCCAGCAAUGCGGUGGGUACUCCGGAUUAUAUUAGUCCCGAAGUGCUGCAGAGUCAGGGUGUGGACAAUGAAUAUGGCCGUGAGUGUGAUUGGUGGUCGGUGGGUAUUUUCCUUUACGAAAUGUUGGUGGGUGAUACACCCUUCUAUGCGGAUUCCUUGGUUGGCACCUAUGGCAAGAUUAUGGAUCACAAGAAUUCGUUGAAUUUCCCCGCCGAAGUGGAGAUCAGUGAAAAUGCCAAGAGCCUGAUACGGGCAUUUUUGACAGAUCGUACCCAGCGUUUGGGCCGCCGAGGUAUCGAUGAAAUCAAGGAACAUCCAUUCUUCCAAAACGACACCUGGAGUUUUGAUAACAUACGCGAAAGUGUCCCUCCCGUAAUACCUGAACUGUCUUCCGACGAUGACACCCGAAAUUUUGAGGAUAUCGAACGAGAUGAGACGCCUGAGGAAGUGUUUCCUGUGCCGAAAAAUUUCGAUGGCAAUCAUUUGCCAUUCAUUGGCUUUACCUACACCGGAGAUUAUCAGCUGCUGUCGAACAAUGACACCGUCGAUGCCAAGGAGAACAACAUGAAUUCCGUCAACCACAAUCACCGCCACCGGCCCUCAAAUUCCAAUGAGAUCAAGAGAUUAGAGGCUUUGCUCGAAAGGGAGCGUAACCAUGUGGAGACAUUGGAGAAACAGGACAAAUCCCUGAGACAACAAUUGGAAUUGAUUAGCCAAAGGGAGAGCGAAUUGCAGGCCAUGGCCUCGGAUUAUGAAAAGAAUUUGGCCAUAACCCAGCACAACUACAAAAUGACCCUGCAAAAGUUUGAACAGGAAAUUGAGUUGCGUAAAAAGACCGAGAUACUCCUGGCCGAGACCCAAAAGAAUUUGGACAAUGAACAGAAGAUUCGAACCCGGGAGAUGAACAACAAUCAGCAUCACAAUGAGAAAAUUCUGACGCUGGAAAAACAGCUGAAGGAAAUGGAAGAGAAUUUCAAAAACGAAACAGAAAAUUCGCAAAAACUUAAAAAACAGGCAGCGGAAUUGGGUCUGGCCAAACAGGAACUGGAGGCGAAAAUUGCCCAGUUGCAGCUGAUGAUCACAAGCCUGCAGGGCCAAAAGGAAACACUGCAGCAGGAAGUGGCUGAGCUGCAGGCCCAACUGGCCCAGGAAAAGAAUUUGCGCUCCCAGCUAAAGGAACUGCAAAAAGAAACCGAAAAUAAACUGCAAUCCAUUGCCAAUGACUUGGAACGGGCAAUUUCCCGGGAACAACAGGCCUACGAAGACAAUCGCAUACUCAAUGAGAAAAUCUCCGAUCUGGAAAAGGCCCAUGCGGGCUUGGAUUUUGAACUAAAGGCAGCCCAGGGUCGUUAUCAGCAAGAGGUAAAGGCCCAUCAGGAAACCGAAAAAUCUCGCAUGCUCAGUCGCGAGGAAGCCAAUCUCCAGGAGGUCAAGGCCCUGCAGACAAAGCUAAAUGAAGAGAAAUCGGCCCGCAUUAAAUCCGAUCAGAAUUCCCAAGAAAAAGAAAGACAACUGUCCAUGCUCUCUGUCGACUAUCGGCAAAUCCAACAGCGUCUACAAAAGCUUGAGGGAGAAUGCCGACAAGAAGCCGAGAAGGUAUCCGUCCUACAAUCCCAACUAGAUCAAGAAUAUUCCAAGAAAAACUCCCUUCUCUCCGAUCUAAGUCUGAAAAGUUCCGAGGUGGCCCAUCUCAAGUCGCGCGAAAACCAACUGCAAAAGGAGCUCAGCGCCCUGCGCGAAAACAAACGCAAAUACGAAGAAGACAUGGCCCUGCUAAAAAUCUCGCUAAACAAGGAGAUCCUGCAAAAGAAGGAGCUCCAAGAUCAAUUGGAUGCCGAACAAAUUUUCUCCCGCCUCUACAAAGCCCAGGCCAAUGAACAUCGCGAAGAGAUCGAGGAACGUUGUCGUGAAAUACAAGAUCUGAAAGAGGAACGUGUCUCGCUCAAACAUCAAGUACAAGUGGCAGUGGCUCGGGCCGAUUCCGAAGCCCUAGCCCGUUCCAUUGCCGAAGAGACGGUGGCCGAUUUGGAAAAAGAAAAGACCAUCAAAGAAUUGGAACUAAAAGAUUUCAUGACCAAACAUCGCAAUGAAAUAGCUGCCAAGGAUUCAUUGCUAACGGCGGCCAAGGAAACCGAGGCGGACUAUGUGAAGAAACUCAAUGCAAAGAAUUCGGAAAUGGAUGAGUUGCAGCAACAGAACAAGAAAUUGCAGGAAGAAGUUGUCCAGGUGAAGACGACGAAAGAGGAAGAAAUUGCCAAACUCAAGGACAAGUGGAAGAAUGAAAUGUUGCUGAAACAGGUGGCCGUUAAUAAAUUGGCCGAGGUUAUGAAUCGACGAGAUACCGAUUCGAAACAACAAAAAGGCAAAGCCCGCUCAUCGGCUGAGUUGCGUAAGAAGGAAAAGGAAAUGCGUCGCCUACAGCAGGAAAUGCAACAGGAGCGUGAUAAAUACAGUCAAUUGUUACUUAAAUAUCAAGAUCUGCUUAGUCAGGCCGUUGAAGACAGUCAUAUUAAACAAAAACUCCAAAUGGAAAUCGAUUGCAAGGCAACGGAAAUUGAAAAAUUACAAUCGAAACUUAAUGAAACAGCAUCCUUGUCAUCUGCCGACAAUGAUCCCGAAGAUAAUCAGAAUUCAUCUCUGCUUUCACUUACACAGGACUCGGUAUUUGAGGGCUGGCUGAGUGUGCCCAAUAAACAGAAUAUACGGCGCCACGGCUGGAAGCGUCAAUUUGUUGUGGUAUCAUCGCGCAAAAUCAUAUUCUAUAAUUCGGAAAUCGACAAACAGAAUACCAUUGAUCCUGUGCUAAUAUUAGAUUUAAGCAAAGUAUUUCACGUACGUUCAGUAACUCAGGGUGAUGUUAUUAGAGCCGAUGCCAAAGAGAUACCGCGCAUAUUCCAAUUAUUAUACGCCGGCGAGGGUGAGGCCCGCAGACCCGAUGAACAGCAACAAUUGGAUAUGAGUAUGAUAAGGGGUGGUACAGGAGACGAAAGACCAGGAUCCAUAAUCCAUAAAGGCCAUGAAUUUGUGCAUAUAACCUAUCAUAUGCCAACAGCUUGUGAAGUAUGUCCCAAACCUUUGUGGCACAUGUUUAAGCCGCCGGCGGCGUAUGAAUGCAAAAGAUGCCGCAACAAAAUCCACAAGGAACAUGUCGACAACAAUGAUCCUUUGGCUCCAUGCAAGCUACACCAUGAUCCUCAUAGUGCCAGAGAAAUGCUCCUAUUGGCCUCAACGCCCGACGAACAAAAUCUCUGGGUAUCACGUCUCUCUAAACGUAUCCAAAAAUGUGGAUAUAAGGCAAAUUCCUCAUCAAAUAAUAAUAGCAAUAAUUCAGAUGGUAGUAAAAUAUCACCAAGCCAAUCAACACGUUCCAAUUACAAGCCAUAUGCAGUUAAUGUACAAAGAUCAGCUACGCUGCCAGCAAAUUCAUCAUUAAAACAGUGAUUCUAUUUUAUUUUUUAAUUAAUUUUUUUUAUUAAAACUAUAAAUAUAAAUAUUACUAUUUACUAUUAUUAUUAUAAUUGUAUACGUGUGUGUGUGUUUCUUUUUUUUUAUUAAUUAAUUUGUAUUUUUAAUUUCGCCUAAAUUCCAUUUAUUUUUAUUUCCACAUUUUGCUGUAAUAUUUUUCUCUCUUAAUUUUAUUUUAUUAUUUAAUUUUAAUGUUAAUACUUAAUUUUUAAAACAAAAUAAUUUAAAUUAAACAAAGAAAAGAAAAAGAUGAAAAAAACAAACGAUGAUCUUUCUACCACUAAAACCUAACGCUGCUGUUUUGUAAUAUUUCUGUUUUUAUU